AGUAUACUAGUUAGAGAAUAAAUGUUCAUUACAUAACCAAAUCGUGCAACACUAAAGUUGUAAAAUUUACUUCAGACAAUAGCGUUUCUGCAGUUACUACUUUGAAAUUUCUUAUUCCUAACCAUACUAUUAUUAUUGUGUUCAAACUUCAACACAAUAAUGGAUGACUGCAAUUCAGAUAUAAUUGAACAAGCUCGUCAAUUGUUUAUGCAUUGUGAUACAGAUAAUUGUGGCUAUUUAACACGUCAAGCAUUAGAUCGUCUUAGUGAUCGUUUACCAUUGACGAUUUCACAACUGGAUUUUGUAUUCAAUUUAUUAGAUAAAGAUAAAAAUGGGCAAUUGACUUUGGAUGAAUUCAUUCAAGGUUUCGGUCAUUUCCUAGUUGACAAAGCAGCAAACAAUUUAUUAUUGGAUGAAGAAAUUGACGAACAAUACAAUCAAAUUAUAUCAUCAUUAGAUCCAGAAAAUGUAUUAAAAAGCUAUGAACAAGUAAAACAUAUAUGGAAAUACAUGAAAUUGGCUAAUUCACAUUUAUUACCAGAAUUUGAAGAUAUGUUAAGGGCUAUAAUGAAAGAGGUUAAUGGUGCUAGAGUAGAAUAUGAAAAUAUGGAACGUAUGAUACAAAAUUGAAAACAUCGGUUUAAAAUCAUAUCAUUACUCAAACCUUG